AUGCAGCCCCCUCACCUCCUCUUCUUUCUCCCCCUCCUCCUCCCUGCGAUGUGGGCAGACCCAGAGGCAGAGACGCAGGUUUUCCAGCUGCUCCAGACCAGCCUCUUCGCCAACGUCAGCUCUGCUGAGGUGUCCGGGGUGGCUCUCCUGGGGGACAUGCCCAUCUUUGCACUGGAUCCUGCCAAUUGGAACAUCCGCUUCCACUGGCCCUGGGCCCACCAGGCCACAGCUGAGGGUGAUGCAGAGAAGAUCAAGUCCCACUCCAAACUCUUUCUGCGCAAUAUGGUCCGAUACGUGCACGAAAUGAUCCAGCAGGUGCAACUGGACUACCCAUUGGUGAUCCAGAUCCGUGUGGGCUGUGUGCUGCACCCCAAUAGGACAAGCUGGGGCUUCAUGGAUGUCGGGGAGGGUGGCAGAGACCUCACAGCUUUCGAGGUGGAGAGGCAGCACUGGGAGCCCCGGCAGUCAUCCCGGCUAGCAGAGCUGGUCAGCAAGUCCCUCAACAGCAAGAAGGCCGUCACAGGGCUCCUGGAGCACCUCCUCUCCAUCUCAUGCCAGAGCUACAUCCUCACCCUGUGCAAGUACGGGAGGGCUGAUCUGGAGAGACAAGAGCCACCCGUGGCCACGGUCUUCGCCUGCACACCCAGACCAGACCAGCUCCUGCUGGUUUGCUGUGUCACCGGCUUCUACCCACGGCCCAUCAGUGUGGCCUGGCUGCGGGAUGGCCAGGAGGUGCCGCCAGGCCCAGUGCUCAACACCAGCACCAUCCUGCCCAACGCCGACUUCACCUACCAGCUCCGCAGCAUCCUGGCCCUGGCCCCCCAUGACGGGCACAGCUAUGCCUGCCGCGUGCGCCAUCGCAGCCUGGGCACCCGCAGCCUCCUCAUCCCAUGGGAGAACCGCAGCGCAGCUCCAACCAUUGGCAUCACCAUCGCAGUGCUGCUCCUUGUGGCCGCAGCCUCUGCCGGGGGGUUUUGGUGGUGGAAGCACAGGAAAAGUGAUGAGGCCACGUGGGAGACCCAGGAAAUCAUCAUUUGA